GAUCAUUAACACUCCUGCCUCCAACAUGGAUUGAUUAGGAAAACCUGAGUGCAGUUCCACAUUCAGGAGUUUGCCCUUUUCAUGCGAGGGUGUUUAUGACAUGCUGGAAGAACUGAAUUGAUGGCAUUAAACGAGGGCUGUUCACAUUUUCACGCAGUCUAGAACACGGCAAAUUGUUUGUUUUAAACUUUAAUUAUUAGCAUGGGCCUGUUUAACACCGCUACAUAAGAUCAGCUCUUUGGGGACGUUUGAUUGUUUUUUUUCGUUGUGGUGGGAUUGUUUGAUUUAGGAGGAUGUCUGAUCGCCCAGAGAGUCCUCCAGAAGACCGGGCAUACGAGCUCUCCAGGCCGAUGUCCUCGUACUCUUCAGCGCCGGGACAUGAAGGCCUGCAGUUUCCGCACAACGUGCUCCAAGACCCAGGGCUUCUGUUCAGCAAGCCGCCCUUCAACGGUAUCAAUGCUGCUCAGACCUUUUUCUCUUUCCCGCCGGUCGGAGGAGAUUUUAGGCACAACGACGCGCAGGUGGGCGACUUUACUCAGCCCAAGCACUGGUACCCGUUUACGGCCACCGAGUACACGGGGCAGGUGGCAGGGGCCACUGCAGCCACACAGCCCUCUAACCUGAGCCCUCCUAUCGCUGAGACCCGGGAGCAAAUUAAAAUGCCCGAGGUUAAGACCGAGAAAGACGGGAUUGAAGAGUACGGCGGAGCUGAGAAUAAACAGUUUCUCGGGCCGGCGACCUCCGUGCCCGCCGGGGUGUAUUAUCCUACUUCUGCCCCCUGGACUCCGUCUUUUUGGCCUGGUCUCUCUCACAUCGCAGCUCCGAACACUGUGUCCCAAGCCCCACCGACCCCGUCUACAUCCUCCCCGUCUUUGUCACCGUCUCCACCUGGGAACGGCUUCGGCAGUCCGGGCUUUUACAGCGGAGCCGCCGCGCAGGUUACCGCCGCCACCCAGGUGCAGAACAGCGCCCGCAGCAGCGGCUCCUCCAGCGGCGGCUGCAGCGACUCCGAGGAAGAGGAGAAUUUGACCACAGAGGAUCUGGAGCAGUUUGCUAAGGAGCUGAAGCACAAGCGCAUCACACUCGGCUUUACACAAGCGGAUGUCGGACUUGCGCUUGGGAAUCUCUAUGGGAAGAUGUUCAGUCAGACAACCAUCUGUCGCUUUGAAGCGCUUCAGCUCAGUUUUAAGAACAUGUGCAAGCUUAAGCCGCUGCUCCAGAAAUGGCUGAAUGAGGCAGAAACUUCAGAAAACCCCCAAGAUAUGUACAAAGUUGAGCGGGUUUUCGUUGACACAAGAAAAAGAAAGAGGAGGACCAGCUUGGAGGGUUCGGUCCGCACUGCCCUCGAGUCUUACUUUCUCAAGUGUCCCAAGCCCAACACCCUGGAAAUAACCCACAUAUCUGAUGAUCUCGGCUUGGAAAGAGACGUGGUGCGUGUGUGGUUCUGUAACCGUAGACAGAAAGGCAAGCGACUGGCGCUGCCAUUCGACGAGGAGGGUCCCGAGGGUCAGUAUUACGAUCAAAGCCCAACACCACCUCCACAUAUUGGUGGCACCUCCCACUCGAAUCAGGGUUACCCAGGAGCCGGUCACGCUGGCAGCAUGCCAACACUGUACAUGUUGAUGCCUCUUCAUCAACUGGAUGUCAAACAGGCCCUGCAUCCUGGAGUAAUGGGUCUUCUCUCAAGCUAAGCUGACUGUCUAGCCUUUACCCCUCCUUACCAAUAUUAGGGCAUGAGGCAAUACCACAAUAAGGGAUGUUGAAUAUUGCUCAAAUUCUCUAGGCAAAAUAGACUGUUCCUCUUUAAACAAUGCUGCAAACUUGGUUUCUCAUGCUACAUGCUUGAAAUCUGAGCCAUUCUGGUUCAGGAAUAAAUGCUGUUUGUCAGCAUAUAAUGUACUCCUCAGAUCAGAGGGGUUUGGAAUGAAAACUACUUGGUGAUCAAAUGCAUUUGCACAAGUCAUGGCUUUGUAUUAAAACAUGAUGUUUUUUUUUUUUUUUAGAAUUGUUUUUAAAUGUGCACCUCUUCCCUUCAAAAAUUCCAUUGAUCUGUAUAUAUUCAUCCCCUUUAUAUUUUUAGAUGAACUUUUUAACUUUUUUGUGAUAUGAAUAAUCCAUGAUAUUGGUCAAAGGUUUUGAUUUCUUUUAUUCUGGCUCCUGUUGAUCUACAUAUGGAAAUGUGACCGAUUUUGUGUCCGUCAGUAAGCAUGAAUUUGGCCUUUGAAAGAGCAUUAAACACUGCUUCCCUAAGGCUGGAUUUGAUACACGCACACAAUGAACAGUUUGUGAUUUGAAUGUUUUAUUGACUUAUGUGCCUUAUUUACGUCUCACAUCUCGAAUACUCUUGUGUACAACCCUGUAAAUGAUGUGAAAUUCGAUAAUUUAUUGACAAUUUAACAGUGAUGGCUUUCCUGAAAAUUGACAAACACAUUUUCCACACUUCGAGCAGUAGCAAUUAAAACACAUCCUUUGAUACUUCAA